UCAUGGCAGUCGUUGCCGACAGCGAUGGUGCUCCCGUCCCGUGCCGCAGGGACGCUGCACUGGCGCUGAUGGCUGCGCUCGCCUUUUGGGCGCGUCGCCCUCAAUGGCUGCUCUCCACGCUGGGGAGGGCUCAGUGGUGGCGCUCGAUGAGCUGCUCGUCUGGCCUCAAGGCGCGCUGGGACGAACCGAAACAGUAGCGGCUCUCGGAGAUUUUGCUGCGAUGGCGCUGACGCUCCCAGAGCCGAUUCCCGGCACGCUGCUGCCCUCGACCGGGCGGACACUGCAGGCUGUCCCCCUUGAUGCUGCCGAGCUUGCGUCUGCCCGUGCUGUCGGCAUGCUUCGUCCCUUGCUCAGCCGGGGCGAGCGCGUUGGUCACUAUCCGUACCCGCCGUGGUUUGAUCUUCGCAGUGCGAGCAGUCCCGCACCAGCCUCUGCACCCGUCGACGAUGCUGCGGCCGCCACGCAAGACCUUCCGCUCGCGGUCGUGAUCCCAUCGCUUCGGGUCCGGGUGGAUGAGCCCUCGGGAACUGGCACCGUCUUGGUUCCACACGACGCGCUCGACACCAUCGAAGAUGCUGUCCGGGCCGGCGGCAUGUUCGACCCGAUCGUCCUUGCCGGCUGCUUUGACUACGAGGCCGGUGGACACGCCACGCCUGGUGGCCGGUUCGAGCCCGAGCCUGAGGCUGUUCGCGGCCUCGCCACAGCCCAUCUCUGUGGCGCCAGCUACGUGACGUUCCGCUCUGGUGCUUCCGCCGAUGCGAUCGCCCUCCAAGGCGACGGCCUCGUCGUCGACCUCUCUAUGGGCUCAUGGAUGGUCCUUACCUCGGUCCUUGCCUCGGGCAACCCGCUCCACAUCCAGGCCGACGACGCUGACCCUGCAGCUCUCCACACUCUCCACAUUGAGUAUGUCGAGCGCAAGGUCCUUCGCGACCGUGCGCCUGGCUUCCAGGAGCCCACUGACCCUGAUGCCGACCCUGAUGCCGACCCCGAUGCCGACCUUGAUGCUGAAUCUGAUGCCUGUGCCGGUCCCAGCGCAAGCUCGAGCUGACCACCACCAUCACCAUCACCUAAAGCUCUCGAUUCCAC